CGAGCCAAUCGGCUGUGCCGUCAAAGAGUAGCCUACCGCCCGGACGCUGAUCGAGAAGAAGCCGCCAGUGAAGCGUUCUGUUAUCCGGGCGCUGCUCAAGAUGGUGUGCGGCGGCUUCACGUGCUCCAAAAAUGCACUCUGUUCCCUCAACGUCGUGUACAUGUUGGUGGGCCUGCUGCUGAUUGGCGUCGCUGCCUGGGGAAAAGGGUUUGGCAUCGUCUCGAGUAUCCACAUCAUCGGCGGAGUCAUCGCUGUUGGCGUCUUCCUGCUACUGAUCUCCUUUGUGGGACUCAUUGGUGCCGUAAACCACCAUCAAGUGAUGCUCUUCUUUUACAUGGUCAUCUUGUUUCUGGUCUUCCUCAUUCAGUUUGGGGUGUCUUGUUCCUGUUUGGCGAUGAAUCAAGAUCAGCAGGUACAACUGCUGAAUGCUACCUGGGGGACCCUGAGCAACAACACCCGGCAGAGUGUAGAAAAGCAACUCAACUGCUGCGGGAUGCUCAAUAACACACAGAGCGCCGCCAUCUUCCAGGCAGACUACAGCAGCUGUCCGGCGACUUGUAAACAGUCGCUCCCCUGCUUCACAUGCGGUGAGAAGAUGCUUCAUCAUUCAAAGGAGGCCCUGCAGAUCCUUGGCGGAGUUGGCCUGUUUUUCAGUUUCACAGAGAUCCUGGGUGUUUGGUUGGCCAUGCGGUACAGAAACCAGAAGGACCCCCGAGCCAAUCCCAGCGCCUUCUUGUAAACAUCUUGUGUCCUUCUGUUACCUGUGCACACCCAGCCCGUCAGCCUUCACCCCCCCAUGGAUGGCAGUCUGACCCCCCCCACCACACCCCCCACUAUGCUUACUGAUACUCGAGUGGGAGGAAGAAGAGGAAGGUGGCUCCUCCCAGGUCACUACUGCACAUUCUUUGCUAUUGGGUGCGACUAACUUAUGACACAUGGAAGUGGGGUUAUCCCCCAAAGCCUGAAGUGAAUUAUGGACUCCUUCUCUCCCCCCCCCCCCCCACCCCCUUCCAGCAGCACACAUCCCCUCGGACUCGAGUCUCCUGUACACAAACCGCUGCCAUACAACAACUGAGCCAGUGUGCCACAAGCACCCUCUGUGCACCCAGACAGUCCUUCAGCCAUCGAGGCAAACAGCUUCACUCUGGCAGUGCCAGCUCCACUGCCCCCGGUGGUACCUGCAAGCAUCAUUUUUCUUAAUUUAAUUUGCCAAAAAAAAAAUGUGCUGGAACAAUUAUGAAUUUGUGCUUUUUUUUUUUUUGUUCCCAGUGAUGUCAUUGUGCAAUUUAAUGUGAUUUUUAUGGAAUAAAGGCUUUAGUGCCCUCCCUC